AUGGUUGACGUCACAGAUCACACCGGCCUCAUGUUCCAGGACGUUGUAUCUAGUCACCUGCCGUGUCUUCCAGGUCGUAUCCAGCUGUGGGGUCAUGCCAUCGCCGUGGACUGGGCGGAGCCUGAGGUGGAGGUGGAUGAAGACACCAUGGCAACGGUGAAGAUCCUGUACGUGAGGAACCUGAUGCUGCAGACCACUGAGGAGACCAUCGAGAAGGAGUUCAACAGCCUUAAACCAGGUGCAGUAGAGCGAGUGAAGAAGAUCAGAGACUACGCCUUCGUCCACUUCACUCAGAGAGAGGACGCCAUCACCGCCAUGAACGCUCUGAACGGAAAGGUGUACGACCCCUCGGCGGCGUACCUCGGUGCGCCAGUGUUUUAUGCCCCCCAGGCCUACGCUGCCAUCCCAGGUCAGUUCCGCUUCCCAGCAGCCAAAGCUCACGUUGGAGGUCGAGGUCUGAUCCGGACGCCGUCGGUCAGAGAAAUUUACAUGACUGUACCUGUAGGGGCUGCGGGGGUGCGGGGGCUGGGUGGGAGGGGCUACCUGGCCUACGCUGCCGGGGGCGGAGCCAUGGGUCGAGGCGGCGGCGCCUCCUAUGGCCUGAAGACGGACAAGCAGCCUGAGGAGAAGCUGUACGACCUGCUGCCGGGGAUGGAGCUGACCCCCAUGAACCCUGCUGCCAUGAGUCUGAAGGCCACCGCCAUCAAACCGGCCCCACAGGUGUUGGAGGAGCUGUGUCAGAAGAAUAACUGGGGUCAGCCCGUCUAUCAGCUUCACUCUGCCAUCAGUCCUGAUCAGAGACAGCUGUUCCUCUACAAGAUCACCAUCCCAGCUCUGGCUACACAGUACACCAACGUUCACCCCUUCACCCCUACUAAGCUGUGUGCAGCUGUAGAAGAAGCUAAAGUUCAUGCAGCUGAACACACCCUGCAGACGCUCGGCCUGCAGACAGAGGGCGCCGCUGACGCUGCUGCAGCCGCUGUGGCCUCGGUGGCCUUCCCAGGCUACUCGUCCUCCCAGCUGAAGCAGACUCUCUCUCAGGAUCUGACCUUCGCCUAUGAAGGAUAUCCGGCGUUCGCUGUGGCGACGCGACACUCUGACGGAUACGGAGUCUUCUAGAAGGUUCUCCAGCUGCACGUUCCACGUUCUCCACAGGAGCCUUCAUCAGACUGUUCUCUACAUCGGUGAACCUGACCGGCUGGUUCUGACCACAGUCUGUUCUUUCUGUUUUACUGCUCUAAAAACUGUUUUGGAAUCAGGAGAACCUCUAGGAACCCUAAGGAACCUCUAAAGGGACUUUUUCUUCCCAUUCAUCUCCAUGUAUACACUGAGUCUUGUUCAUUUUACUCCUAAACUGUGGUUCUACUCUGUGUUCUCUGCAGUUCACAACAUGUUCUUCAUAGAACUGGUUUGGUUCAUGUCAUGAUGAAGGAACAACAUCACAACAUAAAAUAUCUUUAAAAAUAUUAAUAUUCACACCAUAGACAGAACAUUAUCAUUAUUAUUAUUAUUACUAUUUCACUAAAAACAUGUGGAAGAAGCAUUUUUGGUUCCAGUUUUUUUAAUGAAUUAUUUAGAAAAAUACAUAUUUUUGAUGUUCUUUACAGUUUGGGCCUUUUUUAUUCACAGUAAACAUGUAAAUUAAGACUUUGUUAAACUUCUCUUUUUGUGUAAAUGUAGAAAGUUUCCGUUUUAUUGAGGAUCAUCUACAUUAUGGUCUAAGCUUCAUUCAGAACUCAAAGGUUCCUCGAGGUUCUUCUGCUUCUAACAUGUCGUACAUUAUCAAACCUCUGUGGACUCGUGUUAUUGAUUAUUUUCCGAUAUCGAUCAGGUUUGCGUCGUCACAGAAACUGCUGCUGGGAAACGUCUCCAACUCGCCAGAAUCAAAUUCCUCACGUUGGUCCUCCUCCGUGUUCUCUGCUCCAGGCUGAUCGUGUCUGCAGUUCAGUGAUCCAUCAGUCAGCCUCUGAUUGGCUGAUCGGUUUCCUUUUCUACUCGUAUGUUUACAAUAUUCAGAUAUUACGUUUGUGAUUGGACGCUGAGGAAAGCAUCAGAGCCGACCACCGGCAGCAGCUGGUGGAGAACGUGAACUCGUCCGACGUGAUGUUUGCUUCUCAUGUUUGUCUGAAGGAGUUUUACGACAGCUGUGAACAUGCCGACGCAGAGACAGUAUUAAAGUGUGUGAAGCACUUAGAACUUAUUUUUAUACCAGGAAAGAGUUAAAAUCCAGACGCUGUUUGUGGAGGUUCUGUAAUUGACUCGGUAACUAGUGAAACCCAAUCAGUCUGAUGAGCAGAGAGAAUUGUGGGUAUUUCUGGAGGGUUUUUGUGUCAUUAAAGGAAACUGCUUGGAUAAAUUUGUAAUGUUUCACGAUCCAUAAUCUUCCCUGAAUAAACGUGUGAAGAAACA